AUGAUGUGGUUUAUGGGCUUUGGCCAGGGCAAAGGCUUCGGUCGCCGCCGCGAUCCUUGGAUUGAGCCUGAGAUGAAGAUCUGGAUUGGCAACCUGCCCGUGGAUGCUACCUGGAAGGAUCUGCAGACCUUGGGAAACACUGCGGGUGCCACCCGCUGGGUGGAGGUCUUCCGUGGGAAAGGCAGCAAGGGCACGGGCAUGAUUGCCUACAAGUCGGCAGAGGAGGUGGCUGCUGCCGUGCAAUCUCUACAAGGCAAGAUGAUCAAUGGCCAAGCGAUCCAGGUUGAUUCCUGGCAGAAGGCUCCGCCAGCUCCGCAUGCGGUGGAGUUGCAGCGACAGGAGCAGCUGCUGGCAGCGGAGUUGGCCAAGCGGGAGUCCGACGAGACGUGUGCAGCGUGCAUGGCACGGCUGGCAGCACUGGAAUCAGAGGUGCCGGAGUUGCGUGGCAAACUAGCUGAGCUUGAGGUUGCGGAGGCCACGGCCACAGGGCAGCGUCGAAAGAGUUUGAGUAACACCACCAUCGCUACUGGCGGCGGAAGAGCUGCCUCGACUGGCUCCGUCUCCUUUGGAGGAGGCUCCUCAAGCUCCGCAGCAUCGCACCUCGCGGGCAGUGAUCCUGCAUGGGGGGUAGGGGCAGGCUCGGGCUCCGGCCAAUCGGGCGCUUCUGGUGGUGCACCAGCCUCUGCUGGGUGGGGCCUCGGGACAGGAGCGUUCGCUGGCUCGGGCCUGUCCGGAGCGUUCGGCAGCCGUGCCUCCUCUGGCUCGGGUUUGUUUGGAGGAGGGUCCUCUAGCUCAACUUCCUCGCCGUUCGAAUCGGGACACCUGCUGACAGAGCGGAAAGCGCUGGCUAAAGAGGAGCGAAAGGCCCAAGCUAGAGCGCUUGUACAGGAAGCAGUGUGGGGUCGCCACAUGCAGCGCCUGAGAGAAGCAAUCGCAGAUGGGGAGAAAGCCAGCUUGCAACAGGAGGAGCUCGCCAUUGCACGGCAGGUCUUGGCCGAAGAGGAGCGGAAGGCUCGUGCAAAGACCCGCUUCCACGAGGAUACACAGGCAGAGCCGGUCUCCUUCCUUACCCUGUUGCAGAAGGAGAUCGCUUCCCGAACAUCCCGCAGAGGGCGCAGCCGCAGCCCCUGCUGGAACCUGCGGAAGCGCAUUGGCCGCUCCGUCAUGCCCAGGACGACGCCCUUGCUCUACGUGGAGUUGGCGUGCUGGGAGGAGGACGAGCGCGGCCGCUGCGAGGACUACGACUCUGACUCUGACAGCAUGGAGGACUGGAAGUAA